CCUCCGCCGGCUGCCAUGGCCGCCCCGGUCCGGCGGCAGGUCGAGGCCGGGGUCGGGCCCGGGGCUGGGACCGAGGCCGAGGAGCCGGCGGAGCUGCGGGCCGCGGCGCAGUGCCUGGUGCAGGGGGCAGACGCCAGGCGCGUGAGGUUCGGGGCCCUGUUCCGGGCCCGGCGGGCUAUCGUGGUGUUCGUGCGGCAUUUUUUAUGCUACGCCUGUAAAGAGUAUGUAGAAGAUCUGGCAAAAAUCCCCAAGGAUUUUUUACAAGAUGCAAAUGUGAGGCUUAUAGUUAUUGGACAAUCAUCUUACCAUCACAUUAAGCCUUUUUGCAAUUUGACAAGGUAUCCCCAUGAAAUGUAUGUAGAUCCAGACCUGGCGCUUUAUAAAAUACUUGGCAUGAAAAGAGGGGAAGCAGCCACCUCAUCAGCACAAAGCCCUCAUGUGAAAUCCAACUUGCUGUCAGGAAGUAUUAGGAGUAUAUGGAGGGCAAUGACUAGCCCUGCUUUUGAUUUGCAAGGAGAUCCAGCUCAGCAGGGUGGGACUUUGAUUUUAGGCCCAGGUAGCGAAGUCCACUUUUUGCACUUUGACAAAAAUAGGUUGGAUCAUGCUCCCAUUAACACAGUUCUGCAGCUUGCAGGAGUUAAAACAGUAAAUUUCACAAACAAGCCUCAGGUUAUUCAUGUAUGACUCGACAGAGAAAACAGAUUACAAAAGAAACUUGAUUAAAGAAGACAAAUAAUGCUCCAGAGAACUGCCCUGGAUGUCAGUGCUGCUAUGUCCUUGUAGAACGUCUGAUACCACAGGAUUUCAGAGCAUCAAGUAAAUUACCUUGUAGUGAAGAUGAAGAGGAAUCCACUCUGCUGUCAUAUCCAAGAAAGCAAUAAUUAAGACUUACUUGUCCUACCACAAAAAACUUGCUUAUUACUGCCUCACAAAAAUUCUUCCUAGUGCAAUUUAAAAUCUUUGUUCAAAACCAAAGGUACUAACCAAUAUGAAAAUAAUACCCUUAAGAACUUGCUAUGUUCAGGAGAAGCUUGAGAUUUUUGCCUUUCAGCUGCCCAUUUAGAGCUUUUCUCUGGUGACAUAAAAAUUCCAGUACUCUGAAUUUCAUACAUUAAAAUUAUUCAUCCAGAACAACAAGUAUGAAUACAGGGAGGUUGAAAUGAGCUUAUGCUUAUUCCUAUGUACAUUUGACAUUAAAAUAAACACUACUGAAUGCAUUGUUUUACUUUAAAUAAAUAUUGUAAUUACAAAACUGACUGUCUGCAUUUUCCCCUCAUGUAUGGAAUCAAAAUGGUAGUUUAAAAAAAUAGUGGUUUUUCAGGCAUUCCUAAUCAGGUGUCAGUUUAAGAGCAAGUAAAAUUGUAAGCCUUAAUUGUACUCCCUAACAUAGGGCAAAAUCUUCCUUUAUGUGUGCAGCAGGAGGUCUUUGAAGAAAUAGCUCUGUGCAUUAGAAGCAGUAGAGGUAGGAACAGAACAACAUUUGAGCAUAUGGCUGUUUAGAGUCUUUUGUGAACUGAAGGGAUUCUUCUUAAAAGGUCCUCCUGUUUUCAGAAUCCACUGCUUUUGUUGAGAUAGAACAUGCCCUCUUUCAUCCAUAAACUGCAUUUCAUCAUUUUAUAACUAACAUUGGAAAAUAUUUAUAGAGGAGUGUGAACUCACACUCUGCCUGCAAUUUCUGAUCUUUGGCCUCCACUGUAAACUGCUUGUAUUCAUACAUCUCUCACCUGCAAAUUCUUUCUAGAGUUAAGCCUCAGCAAGUAAUGCACUUGGAAAAAAAAGAUUUUUGUUCUACAAAGGCCCGGCACCUGCAUAUAUUAAGGUCAUUGGCAGGCCCAGAACAAACUCGUGGUUCAGCAUCAUUAAAACAUGUUUGAAAUUAAAUUAAGUGUUCAUUGAAAAUACAAAACUUAAUUUAGAGAAAUAAUGAUAGUGAGCAAUCCAGUUACCCUAAGGGGAUUUUAUCUCUGCAGAUGUAAGCAUCUUGUUCAUUUAAAAAAUAUAUAUAUUUAUAGCAACUGCUUAGAGAGAGACUGCUUAGAGAGCAACUGCUUAGAGACAGCAUUUAUUCAAAUGCUUAGAGAGACUUAAUUUGAUUAAAUUGUUGCUAGAUCAGUGAUUUUCAAGCUUCUCAAAGUCAUAGAACCCUUUUAUUUCACUACUUCUGCUGCAAAACCCCUACCCCUGUCCUAAAGACUGAGGCAGAAUCAGGAAGCCUGGCAAAGGCAGUGCAUUGCCUCCCAACCCAUUCCACCAUUACCCCCCAGUCUCUUUGCAAAACCCCUGAAGACCUCUCAUGGAAUCUCAGGGUUCCCCAGAACAGGUUGAAAACUGCUGUGCUAGAUUUUUACUCUGAACACUGCACACCCCACAGGGGGAACAAAUGUAGUUAUGUACUAACUUUGAGCUCUCAUGAUCCUGGGGCCCAUUCUGGCAGCUGAGAAUUGUCAUGGAAUAAGAAUGUUCCAGCCUCAUUUCCUUUUCUUUCAGCAGCACCUCCUAAAGCCAGGAGUGGAAGGCUGUUUUCAUUCAUCCUGAUGGCAUUUGCCUACCUGAAGAAAGUUCUGAUAGGACUAGUUAUACUGGGUUUUCAGCUGCUUUAUGUUGUCAGGAUAUAAAAAAGCAGCUGUUUCAGACCCAGGAAUUAGUUCUCAUGUAUGCUAUACAAAUAUACCCUUGUCUGUGUCACAAUUAAUAUUUUAGUAUUUGGGGAAGCCAUAUUCAGUAUCUAAUUUACUUGUCACUUUUUCUGCUUUCUGUUUACUUUUUGUGUUAUCACCAUUACGAUGAAACAGGGUUUAGUUUCACUUUU